AUGGUUGGCGAAACCCUGGCGAAGCAAACUCAAACAUUACCUGUCUGUCUCUCUCUCCGAGUCAAAGCUCCGAUUUAUGCUUCGAAUCGAGCCUCCUUCCCACCCCGUGUCUGGCUCCACGCCGAAUACCUCCUUGACGGUCGCGGCGGCGGCGGUGGCAAAGUUCCUUUCGAGGCAGGACCAGGUCUGGUCAAAAGACAUCUUCGAUGGACGCCGGUCAAUACUGAGGUGUUCAUCGUCGGCAAAUACAGACGAACCGACAAUCCCCAUCCAGAUGCCAAGUUCUUCGAUGUCAAUAGCCGAAGGCGAGGCGAGAAGGCUCGCCGCACCGCAGCAGAGGCUGCCAUCGCCGACAUACUGGUGUGGUUCAAGGACAAGAACAACAAAGUCGCCACCCUAGACGCAACCAAUUUCACCAAGUCGUGA